UCAUAUUGCACGCUUGGAUCAAGGAACUUACGUGUCUUGUCCGGAAAUUUACCUGAUUUCCCAAGGUAAAACUGGUGGGAAAAUUCCGGUGAACUGAAAAUGGACUUCCUACGUGAUAUAUCUAAAAAUCCCUUUUGUGCUGGGCAAACUUCUUAUGUACUAAACUUGAUGACGAUUACAAUCUACGGUAUACCGGAAGAUAUACUGAACCAACGAAAACAGUAGCUGAACUCCAAAACACGCGAACUUCUUGUUCCUUCGGCACCCAUUUGGGUUUUGCCUAAUCGGAAUCCGGCGGUCCGCCUUUUCACUUUCGAAUUUGUGGGUUGUUGAUUUGGUUAUUAUUUUAACCCUCUUCACCUAGAUCUGAGCGCGUAUUCAUGUUAUGUGGGCUUUGAUAGAAUCGGGGGUUUUGUUGUUGGUUUAUGCUUUGAUGAGAUGAAAGAGGUGGGCAGAUCUAAGCAGUCUGGAACUCGAGUAAAGAAGAAAAGCUCUUCUGGCUGUUUGGUUAUUAAAAAGAAAGUUGCAGAUACUGUGGGAGGGGUUAGUGGGUUUAGUGAUUCAUCUUCGAGGAAUUUGUCUAGAUCGUCAAAGGUGAAAAAGAGACGUCGAGUUGUCGAGAGUGAUUCAGAGUCCAGUGAUUACUCAUCAGAAACUACUCAUAAACUCCGUAAACGUUCAGGUGUUUACAAAGAAUUUGAGACCGAGAAAAGGGCAAGUAGUGGAUUAGAUGUAUUCGAGUUUGACGAGUAUGAUGGGUUUGAGGAUGUGAGGACCAGGAAGGAUGCUAAUGGUGGUAAGCAUAGAUGGAACUCAUAUAGGCAAAGUGGCGAUCAAAUGGAAUCUGGAAAUGGUGGUAGCAGACCUACUCAUGAAGCUAGAACUAUAAGUCCCUUAGAGAUGGAUGAUGAUGAUGAUGAUUUUGACUUACCCCUUUCAGUGUUGAGUAAGAAGUAUCGUUCAUCUUCAGACCAACCUAUCAGACUACAAGGGGAAAAUGGUGUCUUGAAUGUAAUGGUAAAUCAUAAUAAGCAGAUGAGUAGAAGUUGUGAUAAAAAAGAAGCCAAGGCUAGAGUUCAUCACAAGAAAAAGCUGGAUAAAAAUGGUGAUCAUAGAGAUGCUGGAGAUGGACAUAGUUCCAGCAGUGAGGAUACCAGAAAGAGCAAGGAGAAAGGUGGGAUGAAAUCUCCAACACCAAUGGUGCUAAAAAGCAGCAAAGAAGUAACUGAGAGUGAUACAGUAACGCAGUCAAAAUCAAAUAGCAGAGUGGAAACUGUUAAAAAACUGAAGAAUGUUAAGAAAGUGAAGGAGAAGAAAAACAUGGUUAAGCAUGGUAGUGGCACUGAAAAGCAAAUACUGCGUGAAAAGAUUAAGAAUAUGCUUCUUGGUGCUGGUUGGACCAUUGAUUAUAGGCCAAGAAAGAACAGAAACUAUCUUGAUGCUAUAUAUACUAAUCCUGAUGGAACUGCUUAUUGGUCUAUAAUCAAGGCUUAUGAAGUACUUCAAAAGGAAGAGGAAGACAAUGCUGAAGAUAGUGACAACUUUACUCCUUUACCUGUUGAAAUACUUGGUAAAUUAGCCAGACAAACCCAAAAGAAGACAGAAAGAGAAUUGAAAACAAAGAGAAAAGAUGAAGGCAACAGUAGGAAUGCUAAAAGGGCUAUGGAGGACACAGAUAGUGAUUAUGAGGAUGAAAUGAAUUCCCAUGGAAGAAGAAAAAGCAGAUGUACUUUGUUGGUUCGCGAUACUAACAAGGUUUUAGAAAAUGACGGGAUUAGUCCCUAUUCAGGAAAAAGGACCAUUCUCGCGUGGUUAAUCGACUCUGGAGUGGUGGAUGUGAGUGAACAUGUGGAAUAUAUGAAUGCUAGAAGGACACGGAUACUGCAAAAAGGAAGGAUUACAAAAGAUGGGAUCCAUUGUGGUUGUUGUAGCAAGGUUGUAACUGUUGUAAAGUUCCAGCAACAUUCAGGAAGCAAACUUUGCAACCCGUUUCCAAACAUGUUUUUGGAGUCUGGAAAGUCCCUGAUGCAAUGUCAGAUUGAUGCAUGGAAUAAACUAGGGGAGUUGGAGCAAAAGGGUUUUUAUAUUGUAGAUGUUGAUGGUGAUGAUCCUAAUGAUGAUACAUGUAGUGUAUGUGGGGAUGGUGGGGAUUUGAUCUGUUGUGAUGGUUGUCCAUCAACUUUUCACCAAAGCUGUUUGGACAUACAGAUGCUUCCUGAAGGUGAUUGGCUCUGUCCAAAUUGUUCCUGCAAAUACUGUGAAAUGGCUGCUGGGAAUUGCACAAAAGAUGGUGGUAUUGGUAUAACUGAUGCUUCACUUCAUACGUGCUGCCUUUGUUACAAGAAAUAUCAUGAAUCAUGCAGGCCAGGAAUAGAUGUCAAGCCACAUGAACCAAAUUCUCUGGAUUUGUCUUUCUGUGGACACAAGUGCCAUGAGGUAUACAUUCCGUUGCGGAAGCUUAUUGGAGUGAAGCAUGAACUGGAUUCAGGGUUCUCAUGGUCCCUUAUUCAUCGAUCUGAUUCUGAUUCAUUGACAGAUGGAGAAAGGAUGGAAUGCAAUUCCAUGCUGGCUGUUGCCAUGUCAUUGAUGGAUGAGUGUUUCUUGCCUUUUACUGACAAGAGAAGCGGGAUCAAUUUAAUUCGUAAUGUAGUCUUCAAUUGUGGAUCAAACCUUAGCCGAUUGAACUAUAGUGGCUUCUAUACAGCUAUUCUGGAGAGGGAGGAGGAAGUCGUUUGUGCUGCAUCUAUCAGGUUCCAUGGAACCCAACUAGCAGAGAUGCCAUUUAUUGGGACACGUCAUAUAUAUAGACGCCAAGGGAUGUGUCGUCGCCUAUUAUCAGCUAUUGAAUCGGCUCUUUCUGCUCUCCAAGUAGAUAAAUUGAUUAUUCCUGCGGUUGCUGAACACAUGAAUACAUGGACUGAUGUUUUCGGUUUCCGGGCAUUGGAGGAAUCACACAAACAAGAACUGAAGUCUAUGAAUAUGUUGGUGUUUCCUAGGACUGAUAUGUUACAAAAGCCGCUACUUAAGCAAACCAUCCCUCAAGGUAAGAAGAGCCUUGUGCUUGAAGUAGAUGGCUUUAGUGCCUUGUCCAAGAAACCAGAGUUGAUUUCUGCUAAUGUUGCAGAGUUAAUUGACAAAAAUAAAAAUGGCACUAGAGAUUCUGGUUUUCAAGAAUCUGGUGUUCCUAUGGAUGAUACGAGCAAGGAGACUCUUCCCAUCAACCCUCCUGUCAAAGAUGAGAGCCCUUGUGAACCCGAACUCCAACUGCAAGGAAAGGAAUCUGAUUCCAGUUCCAAAGUCAACGAAAUUGAUGUGCAGAAUCAGAAUCAGAAUGGCAAUGGAACGAAUCCACUUCCUGAUCCUUCGCAUAAUGAUAUUCCAUGCGAAUCACUGUCACAUAAACUACAACACUCAGGAAACGAAUCUGCUUCCAAAAUUGACGGAAUUGCUGUGCAGAAUGGCAAUGGAACUAAUCCUAAGGAGGGUUCAUGUGGAAGUGAAAGGAAUAGAAAGGAAAAGGAAAGAGUAAUUCCUGAUUUGAUUGUAGGUAACAACACUGCUGAUGCUGAUAGUGCCUUGUCCAAAAAUGUGGUGGAGCUCGGCAUUACAGAUUCCAGUAUUCAAGAAGUUGGUGUUUUCUUGGAUUUGGAUGCAACUGCAAGCAAGGAGAUUCAUCCCAUCAGUUCCCCAGUUAAAGAUGAACCCCAACACCAACUCCUGGUAAAGGAAUCUGAUUCCAACUCCAAAACCUCAAUUGAAACUAAUUCCCAUGUCCAUCAUCCCAUACAACCCUCAAACAAGGAAUCUUUUUCUUCCAUGGAUGUACAAACCCAAGGCAACAAUACUAUUGAAUUAGAUGACCAUAGUCCCAAUGUGGCAGAGUUUACACUUAGUGACAAAACCGCCAUCAUUGAUUCCGGUUCUCAAGAAUCUGUUGUUUCUUUGGAUGAUGGUUGUUCCUUAGAUACAGGCAAGGUCAAUUCUCCUGUUAAAGAUGAACCUGAACCUCAACAGCCAGGAAAGGAAUUGGAUUCCAUCCAUUCACAUUCCGAUUCCAAAGUCCAUGAAGUUGAUGUGCAGAAUGGCAAUCGAACUAAUCCCAAAGAAGGUUCAUGUGGAAGUGAAAUGAAUAGAAAGGAAAAUGAAAAGGAAAGAGGAACUCUUGGAGCAGUUUCUAAUUCCGAAGCCACAAACAUAAACACAAACGAUUGGAGUGGGGUGCAUUACUCUGUCAUUUCCACUCCAUCCAUGGAAGUAGAUGACUGUAGUGCUACUUCCUUCUCCAUAAAACAGGAGAUUGAUGACAAAACUGCCAUUACAGAUUCCGGUUCUCAAGAAUGUGGUGUUCUUUUUGAUGAUACUGACACCAAAACUACUGAUUCCGGUUCACAUGAUAAUAUUGUUUCUUCUGAGAUUCCGGACAAAAUCACUGCUGCUCCUUCCAGUGAACCCGAACUCCAGCUGCCAGGAAUGGAAUCUGUUUCCAUCCUUUCACAUUCACAUUCUGAGUCCAAAGCCAAUGAAAUUGCUACGCAUAAUGACAGUGAAACUGAUCCCAAAGAUGAGGGUAGUGGCUUAAAGUUGAUUUCUUCUACGGUGGAGGAGCUUAGUGACGACACCACCAUCACGAAUUCCGGUUCUCCUAUUAAAGAUGAUGAAGAUGAUACCCUUGUGUCAGUUUCAGAAUUGGUCAAAACUGAUGAUGCACAUUUUGACUGCAAUGUAGAAGAACAUACAUAUACAUAUACUCAGAUUCCACCGGUCAAAAUCACCAAAGACUCUGCUGGUGAACCCACACUCCAACUCCCAGGAAAGGAUUCCGAUGAAGUUGCUGUGCAGAAUGGCAAUCCACUUCCAACCCAACUCCAUGAUGAUGAUGCCAUUCUUUCAGUUUCAAACAAGGAAUCUUUUUCUUUCGCCAACAAUUCGUAUGACAUGGUAAAAAAUGGUUCUAAAAAAUCUGGUGUUCCUUUGGAUGAUGGUUGUUCUUUACAUGCCAGCAUCAUCUAUACUCCUGGUAAAGGCUCCCAACUUCAGCUUCCAGGAAAGGAAUCCGAUGAAAUUGAUGUGCAGAAUGGCAAUCCCCGAGUUCAUGAACAAGUCCCUGCUGCUUCUUUUAGUGAACCCAAACUCCAACUUCCCGGAAAGGAAUCGUAUUCCAAUUCUAAUGAUGCCCUGAAUGGCCAUGGUGAUGGUCAUGAACCCAAACUCCAACAGCCAGGAAAGGAAUCUCAUUCACACUCCGAUUCCAAAGUUGACGAAAUUGAUGUGCCAAAUGGCCAUGGAACUAAUUCACUUCCACUUCCAGGAGAUGUCCAUGCUCCCCCCAUUCCGUCUGAUAUCCCAUGUCAAUUUCACCAACUACUCCUCGCUGCUCCUACUUCUAAUAAACACCCAGGAAACGACUCUGAUUCACAUUCCGAUUCCAAGGUCGGCCAUGGGAAUCCUGAAAAAGAAAUUGUUAAAGAUACCAGUCAGUUUUUUCAAGGGAAAGAAGAUUCAUAUGAAAGUCAAAUGAAUAGGAAGGAAAACGAAAGAGGAGAAUUCCUGGAGCACUUUCUGAUUCCGAAGCCGGAAACGAUUUGAAUGGGCUGCAUUCAGAUAUUUCCAAACAUAUGGAAAACCCAUGUACUGAAAGGGUGUGAUUGUAAUUUCAUCACUCUUUUAUCUUACAAAUGUUUGAUUGAAAAGGUAUAUGAGGUUUGUAGUCAGUUGUAUGGAUUCAAAUUUGAGAUUCCUUGUUUCAGGAAAGACAACAAUACAAGUGGACUCUGUACAGGCAAAUCUUAAUUCCAAAUAUGUAGUAGUAUCAAAAAGAGGAGACUAACAAGAUAUUCAAAAUGACUUCUGCCUGUUGUUAUUGAUUGACUCAUAGUUACACUAGUUUGCACGUUA